CCUGGGCGGGGAGAGUGGACAGGAGAUAAAAGGGGGACCAGGGCCAGCUGGAAGUUGCUGAAAGCUGCUGGGGCCCGAAGCGAGGGAGGACUGCAGCAAGGAGAAGGCCGGGGUCGAGGAUGGGGCUGCUGGUGCUGGCCCUGGCCACCUGGCUGGGGCUGGCCUCGGCCUCUGAGGAGGCGGCCAACAGCAGCCGGAUCUGCCAGGAGGCACCGGCAUGGACCAUCAAUGGCUCGAGCCCCAUGGAGGGGGCGGCAGGGCAGGUGACGGUGGUGGCCCUGCUGAAGGCCAGCUGACAAUUCUGCCUGCGGCAGGCCCACAGCCUGGGGGGCCUGCGGGAGCGGCUGGCCCGGCAGGGCAUGGCCAAUGUCCGCUACAUGAUCAUCAACGAGAAGGCCCCGCUGUCCCGCGCCAUGCUGCCGGAGCUGGAGCGCCAUGCCCCGCCCGGCGUCCCCGUCUUCCAGCCGGAGCAGGAGGACCCUGACGUCUGGCAGGUCCUGGGGGGUGACAAGGAUGACUUCCUCGUUUAUGACCGGUGUGGCCGCCUGGCUUUCCACAUCCAGUUGCCCUUCAGCUUUCUCCACUUCCCCUAUGUGGAGGCAGCCAUCCGCUACAGCCAUAUCAAGGACUUCUGUGGCAACUGCUCCCUCUACCCCAACACUACCCAGCAGGCUAACAGUACCAUGGAGGACCCUGCAACCCCGAGCUCACUUCCUGAACACGAGGGGAUGGAGUCAGAGACCCCCAUGCACCAGCACAAGCCCCUCCAUCCUCACCACCAUCACAAGGUCAGCAGUGAGAGAGAUACAAACCCAAGUGAGGACCACAAACCUGCUACCCAUGCUCACCACCACCAUGGAGACCAUGGCCAGCUCCAUCACAAGGGGAAGAAGCAGAAGGAGGGGGAUGAGCAUUAAACCAGGCUGGACAGCCUUGCAGAACCCAGUAGUGUGCAGAUGACCCCAACUCACUUCACAGAAGCAUGGAAGGACUUGCUUUGUGCUGCUGGUCACCAGCAGCGCUGGUUUAACAACUCCCUCCAGCAUACCCCAUGUGGGUUGCACUCCUACGCUGUGAUAGGAAUGGAAAUUCCCCUUGGACCUGCUCAGUGCUGCAUUUUCAGCCCCAGGGCUCAGUUCUGAGCCUUCAUCUGCCACUGCCUGUCUUUCUGUGCUCAAUGAAGCCCGCUGUGCAAACCAGGAGUUCCCUGGUCAUUGCUGGCUGACACUGCGCAGAGCAGAAGGGCAGGGGUGGAGGGGCCAGAGCUGGGAUGGGAGCAGCACUGCUGGCAUCUUCUGCCCAUCCAGACACUCCUGGGUGUGCUGGAAUCCCUGGGUUUCCUGGCCAGGGAGCGAGGGGAGGGACACCGUGUGCCCCACAGGACAUGGCCACGGGGGACUGAGGGCACGAGGAGCGGCGGGAUGUCGCAGCUCCCCAUGGUCCAAACCCUGUACCCCCAUAGCUGUCGCAUCCUGGGCACCCCGCAGACCGUGCACACGGGUAUGUGCAGUGGUGGUGGGUGGCCGCAAGAUGGUGGCCUUGUCCCCUCUUGGAGACCCAGGGGCUGUAACCGAUGGGCACAGCCCGAGGAGGACAGCGUGAGGAUCCUGAGGUCUUUCCUGGGGGUAAGCGAGGUGGGGAGGGCAGCGUGGAUAUCCGGAGCACGAAUAAAACCUCUGUGAAGUGA